CCAUAUUGUGAAACAAUAGUACUUGCAUGCCUAGGCAAUUCUCCAAAUCAUGACUCUUCGAGUUUAGAUACUGACAACGGUAUCACAUUUCUGUCAUCAAAAAUGUGUUAUAAAAUAUAUAUAUCAUGA